AUGGAUGAUCACACGGAAACCUGUUGUAAACUCAGAUUGCCCUGGUUACGUAAAAACGCAGAUCUAGAUGAGACUGGACAUAAAUACGGGCGUUGCAGUGAAACAAGUAUCCCAAUGGGUCCCAUGUAUCACCGACCAAUGGAUAGCAUGGCUGUUCCCGCAGGUGCUGGUCAUCUAACUCCGUGUUGCAGCCCCGCCCUGGCUCACCACUCUCUUCUUGGUCCGACAACAGUUUUUCUGUGCUCCAGUAUGACUCCAAUGAGUCAACAACCUCUUCUCACUCAGGCGCACUCGGUCUACAGUCAAUUCACGAAUACCAGCAGUCUUGGAGAUUCAUCGAACGAGCUUGGACAACGACCGCCUAUGCCUAAUAUCAAAGAUUGA